GGCAUCUCUGGUGCUUACUAAGUACUUAAUCUUAUCUUAGCUUAUGAAUCUGGAGAUAUUUUGUCUAUUUUGAGAGCUUCCAUGUUAUUUUUUUAUUUUUAUUUUUAAUCAUCAUCCAGUCGCAUUCAACUUAUAUAUUGUAUUACAAGUACCUAAUUAGCAGGAACAGGUCCUGUAUUCUACACUUCACCUUAAGAUAAUCUCAUCUCGUUUAAAGUAUUAUAAUCAAUAAAUUUGUCAAAAUGUUGUGUCACCACUGCCGUCGCCUCGUCGCGACAGUGGUCCGACGAGGUCCUACUACGAUAUCGGGACGCGCCCGGCUCAUACAUACAUUUACCUCGACAAAUAGUCUCCCCAGGGCUGUGUUACCAUCAAUAAAUAGCUUAAAAAGUUCCCGAAAUACUAUUGCGCGAUUUUAUUCCCCCGCUUCCAAUACAGCGGCAGCCCCGAACGCCUCCUCAACUGUGUCACCCCAACCCGAAAAGCCCGACUAUCUAGACGACGCCGAAUCGUUGAUAUGGGACAAGUUGACAGCCGAGUUCGCCCCAACAGAGCUCAUGGUACAAGACAUAUCAGGAGGCUGCGGGUCGAUGUAUGGGAUUGAGAUCACAUCGGAGAAAUUUCGAGGUGUGAACAUGCUGAAACAGCAAAGAAUGGUGAAUGCCGUCCUGGGUGAUCAGAUGAAAGGUUGGCAUGGCGUCCAGCUUCGCACUAAAAUCCCUUGAUCUGAAUCACUAUCGAAAACAUUCAGAAUCGGGAAUGAAACCAACCCGAUGGAGAAGGUGGCAGAUAUUGAAGCCACGAAACCUCGAGAGUUUUGCUCCUUCGAUCAUCGGUUGCUUUAAAUAUCACAUGCUUCAUUACGCUAUAUCGGCCAUCAUACCCGAUCGUCACCGGAACCCUUCAACGAAGCCGUUCAUG